AUGUCUACAACAUUAGGCCGCGCUCUUGUCGGUAUCGCCUGUUUGGCUCUCUUCCAUGCUGCCUACUCAACGUAUGAACAACUCUCCACGUUGAAGGCUCUGUCACGGCCCACAUCUGACUUGCCAACCUCUAUCAUCACCGAGGCUUUCUUGUCUUUGAUAACGUUCAUUAUCGGGAUCGUGCUGUCGACAGGAGAGCUGAAAGACGUGACGUAUCGCGGUGAAUUAUCACAUCGGACAAUCGAUGACGCCGACGCUCGGAUGGGGUUCAUGAAACUUUCCUCGAGAGGGAAAGCCAUAUUCGGUGAUAGCUUGUAG